GCUGACUGAGUGCAUGCCCAUUGUGCUCGUCAGGCUGCAGGAGGCCUGGCAGUUCCUUUGCCUGCUUCCUUCCCCCAGUAAUUGUGCUGUGUCAUCUUCAGAAUGAGUUCCAUUGAUCCCGAUGACCUCCUGCAGUGUCCCUAUGACCAGAGCCACCGCAUCCGAGCUUGCAGAUUUCCCUACCACCUGGUGAAAUGCAGGAAGAAUUUUCCAGAUAAGGCUCGGAAUUUGGAGUCCUGUCCUUUCAAUGCAAGACACCGGAUCCCAAAAGCAGAGAUGAAGCACCAUAUCACUGUUUGUGUCGACAAGAAGGUGAUUGAGGAAGAUUUUGUUCGGAGUGCCCAGAGAAAACCCUGUGAUAUCCCAGCAAGUACCUGGCAGUGUCCGCCACUUGAAGAAGACUGGGAGAAAGAUGAGGAAGAAACGCCUGAAACGUUCAUCUAUGGCUACACCAAUCUGAACAAAAACUGCAUCAAAGCCAGUUCUGUUUCAGCGUACGAAAGCAGCCACAACAUUACAGCUGGGAUAAGAGCCCCCAGAUCUUUCCCAGAGCAGCUGUCCUCCUCAAGCGCCCGCGUGGGAUCAAUUCCGUUUGUCCGGCCUUGGAGAAUUGGUGAGAGGAGAGCCAGAAAACGAGAGCAAAUGCUGCAUUUACGAACACAGACAGUGUAUGACCUCGCAAGUGAAAGAACAGUCUCCCCCCUGGUGUGUUGAGGAGCCAGCUGAGAAGGGAACCUAAUGGAAAAGGCAGUCGUGUUGCAGUUGGGGCUUGGGUCUGCAACUGAGUUUGUGUGCCGUGCUUUUGUUCCUGUCGCGUGUUGCAGGGCGCACUGCGGGAAACGGUGGAGAGAGUAAACUGUCAGUCGACCCGACUGACCUGUUACCAACAAAGUGAAUCACGUUUUAAUAGAGAAUGUUGA